AUGGCGAGCGAGGGCGCAGGCAGCGCCACCAAACACGAAAUCGCAGACAAAAAAGUGGCAGUGGAGCACAUGGGUCGCCCCGACAAGGAAAGCAUUGUAAGGGGGGGUCCCCCCUUCCCCAAUCGAGCUCGCCGGUUCCCCUCGACCACGAGCUGCAGUUGGCACCCCGCGCUAAGCGGUGGCACUUUGCGCCAGGAAAGGCACCGAGUGGCCCUUUAA